AUGAUUGCGGAGAGCAUAUGGAAUAGUUCUGCAGUCUACACAGACUUCCCGGACUAUGAUUGCCGGUGGGCAGGGCCCAUCGCAUAUUCAACAGAAACAUGGUCACACCUCCGAGAGCAGCUGCGGGAAGGCGGGCCCAUGUUCUCCCCUUCGGCCUUGGCUUUGUCCAAACUCGCUGUGGAGCAGGACGAUGGUGUUUGCCAACUGGGCCGCUUGUCCGCAUGCUGGGCGCUGCAUGUGGCUGGUGUAUCGCAAUGUGAGCGCACUGAGGAGGUGUUCCCUCUUUUGCCAGCUCUUGGCAGUCGGUGGCCACUGCUCCGUUUCCUAAGCAGAGUUCACCGUACUUGGCUGCGGGCUGGAAAUAAAUGGUCUUGCAGCGAACUCUUUCAUCCCUCUAUCAGCUGGGAUUAUUUUCAUGAAUUAGUUGAUGCCGUGGCUCUGGAAGAGUUUGAUGAGGAGGACCCGCAGACAUUGGUGUCCCGCGCCUUCGAAACUGCUGGGAAUGAGGCCACUGGCAUUAUUUGGAAAUACUCUUCGUCGGCUUUGUACGAGCAUGUUCCUGUUGCUGCGUGGACAGGGCGCUGUGCGCACGGUGUGGCGUCGGCAUUCCUUUUCCGUGCUUGUGGCCUAAUACUAGGUGAUCAGGAUGUCUUCAAGAUGGUUGAGUCUGCCAUGAGCCGGCUUGGGCGACGCGGGGAGAUCAGGACAAUAGAUCUUCUGGACUCGAGAUGGUCCUUGUUGCCGCUUCUUCAUAGGCUCCAGUCCGUCAAGAGGCGCUGGGAUGAUUUGGCAAUUUCACCGGAGGAUUUGCAGCCAUCAUUGCCUCGACAGCAGCUUCUUCGGUUUUUGUCACCAACAGCUAGAGAAUUGGCGAGCAAACUGAUGAUGGGUGCUCCGGGGCCGGUCCUGACAGUUUUUGUGUCUGCUGCUCGUGUGCAAUUUCUUGAACGUUAUGUAGAGCAUGCUCGGAGAAUUGGCAUCAUGGGGCGGAUGCUUAUUUUGCCGCAGAACCCAGGCAUCCAUGAGAUCUGCAUAGCAUUGGCAGAUGCAUGCCUGCCUGUACUGUCAAUAUUUCCAGACUUGGCAAAAUAUACCUUGCUGGCUUUUGCUGCGCAGCUGAGCGUUGACAUUCUGUUUUCAGAUAUGGACACCUAUUGGGUUCAAAACCCUUUCCUGAAGCUGCUGAAGCACUCUGACCCUGGUCCAGAUGUCUACGUACCUCAAGAGUUCUACUCAGACCAGAGCCGACCGAGCAUUAUGCUGGUAAGAUCAUCGAAUGUGCGCAGUAAGUAUGCCAUGGCGAUCAUGGCUACAUGGCUGUUGAGAUGGCCUUUCAUCUCAUCAAGUUAUGGUAUGCGUCAUCUCCUUGAACCAGAGAGGUCAGGUUAUGUACCUUCAGUGUCCUUCCUGCGGCCGGACAGCUCAGAAGAGCGUGGGGAGCUGCAGACUGGCUUUUUAGAUUCAGAGAACGAGUUUGUCACGAUGGACGGCUGGUUUGGGAGCUUUGCAGACAUUGUGGCUUUUGAAAUGAGCCCGUUCCUGUCAGAGAGCUACAAGCAACCCGUGCUGACAGAGCUUUACAGCGACAUCACAAAGGCUGAGCAGUUUCUUCUCUCGUUGCAGAAGCCAAUGUCCCCCAAGCGGCCGAUGGAAGAACUUCAGAGCAACCUCCAUGCAAAGCCUGCACCUGUUCCAGAAGAUGCUCGCAUCAUACACGUGAACUUUGCGGAUGGCUGCUGCGAAGUUGAGCAAGCAAAGUCUUCCAGCACCGCUCAAGAGUUUGGAGCCAAUGAAUCCAGAGCACUGAAUGGUAGCUUCUUGAGCGCUGAGUUCAGAGCUCGCAACCAGCAUUUGCUGAAUUGGGUGCGCAGCAGUGAGAUGACUUACGGCAAGACACCGUCUGGCAAAGUGGGUUACUAUGUUUGGAAGCCGUACGUGAUUCUGGAAACACUGAAGGAUCCAGUGAUUCGUUGGAACGAUAUUGUCCUUUGGACUGAUGCUGGGGUGCACUUCAUUCAACCGCUGCGUCCUUUGGUUCACGAGUAUCUCGCCCAGAGUGAUGUGUCAGCAACCCAAACUCCUAUGUUAGAAGCAGACGUUACCAAGCGGGAUGCCUUUGUUCUCUUAGAUGCUGACUAUGAAAGCAUUGUUCGAACAAACCAAGUUGCGACAGGAAUCAUUUUGGUCCGCAAGACGCCGCUGUCAAUCCGGUUUAUGGAGAAUUGGCUUUCAGCCUGCGAAGAUGACAGAGUUAUCACAGAAACGCCUUCCGUGCUCGGCCUUCCAGAGUAUCCACAAUUCCGACAUCACAAUGAUGACCAGUCCGCGUUCUCCUUACUUUUCAAGAAGUAUGGUUUUCAAGCAUUUUUGCAAGCUGAACGGGACCUCUACGUAGUUGCUGCGCGCAACACUGCCAAGUUCGUUGCAGCCUCGGAUGCCUUUGCUUUGGGGAAGAGCUGCUCCCAGGAUGAGUAUAUCUCAGCGGCGAAUGCAGCUGCAGGCUCAUCAGAGGCUGAAAGCAAAAAGACAUUGGCAGCCAGGGCACGCUCUCUGGCGGUUUCAAACCCUACUAGGAGCAAGGACGCUACUAGGGGACCCUGGCAUCGCUACUAG